AUCGUCUCCGACGAACAGCAGGCCGACUUUCCAGUACGCGGCUCGUGUGCACGAGGUAAACAUGGCUCCCAUGGCAAUUAGAAUGGAAUGAUACGUGGAAAAGCCUUAACUAGACCGUUUCUCUCUGAUCAUCAUGUACGGAUUUGUGAAUUACGCCCUCGAGCUGCUGGUUGUGAAGACCUUUGACAGCGAGACGUGGGAGGCGAUAAAGAAAGAUGCCGCGGUUAACAUGGAAGGACAGUUUCUGGUUCGUCAGAUAUACGACGAUGAAAUUACAUAUAACAUCAUAUCGGCAGCUGUCAAUCGGCUCAACAUUCCAGCGGACGAAAUCCUCGAGCUGUUCGGCAGGAUGUUCUUCGAGUUCUGCCAGGAUUCCGGCUACGACAAGAUUCUCCAGGUGCUUGGGGCUACGCCCAGGGACUUUUUGCAGAACUUGGACGCCCUUCACGAUCAUUUAGGCACUUUGUAUCCGGGAAUGAGGGCGCCCUCUUUUCGGUGCACCGAGAGACCAGGGGAUGGAGCGCUCAUAUUACAUUAUUACUCCGAUCGACCUGGUUUGGAACACAUUGUGAUUGGCAUCGUCAAGACCGUGGCGAAGAAGCUUCACGGCACGGAUAUAGAAAUGCGGAUAUUGAAGACGAAAAACGAAUGCGACCACGUGCAGUUUUUGAUCACGAACACGUCCGGUCCUGGGGUCGUUUCAAAUCCCAUGAUCGCGGAACUUGAAACCUUAUCUGUCGAACCAAAAGUGAGCCCUAUGACCUUUUGCCGAGUUUUUCCAUUCCAUCUGAUGUUCAACCGGGACCUUACCAUAGUUCAGACUGGAUGCACUAUAACUCGAGUUAUCCCUCAAGUGUGCUCUGGUAAUUGCAAGUUGAACGACAUCCUUCUGACUGUGAGACCACAUUUAGAGUUAACAUUCGAGAACAUAUUGUCACACAUCAACACGGUUUACGUGUUACGAACGAAAAAGGGUGUAAUGCAAGUGGAUUCUUCCGAAGAAUAUUCGUACCUACGUUUGAAAGGGCAAAUGUUGUACAUACCUGAGUCAGACCUCGUCACCUUUCUCUGUUAUCCUAGCGUUAUCAACUUGGAUGACUUAACCAGGCGAGGUUUGUAUCUGAGCGACAUCCCCCUUCACGACGCCACCAGAGAUCUCGUGCUGAUGUCAGAGCAAUUCGAGGCUGAUUACAAAUUAACGAGAAACUUGGAAUUGCUUACCGAUAAAUUGCAACAGACGUAUCGUGAGCUCGACGGCGAGAAGCAGAAAACCGACAGGUUGUUGUACUCUGUGCUGCCCAUUUCCGUGGCGAACGAGCUGAGGCACUCGAGGCCGGUUCCUGCGAAGAAGUAUGACUGCGUGACCUUAUUGUUCUCCGGGAUCGUUGGUUUCGGAGCUUACUGCGCCGCUCACACGGACUCCAGUGGUGCGAUGAAAAUCGUCAACAUGCUCAAUCAGCUGUACACAGCGUUCGAUGUGCUCACCGAUCCGAAGAAGAACCCAAAUGUGUACAAGGUCGAAACUGUUGGUGACAAAUACAUGGCCGUGAGCGGAUUACCGGAACCAUGUCGUUGCCAUGCACGGUGCAUCGCUCGUCUCGCAUUGGAUAUGAUGGAUCUAGCCGCGGACGAAGUGCAGAUCGAUGGCGAGCCUGUGAAAAUCACCAUCGGCAUCCACAGCGGAGAGGUUGUGACCGGGGUAAUUGGACACCGUAUGCCUCGUUACUGCCUGUUUGGAAAUACGGUGAACCUCACCAGUCGAACUGAGACCACCGGGGAACCGGGUAAAAUAAACGUCUCCGAGGACGCAUACAGAUAUCUGUGCAUGCCGGAGAAUCAGGAUCCCCAAUUUUUGCUGGAGUACAGAGGGCCUGUGUCUAUGAAGGGCAAGUCGGAACCCAUGAACGUGUGGUUCCUGUCCAGAGAAAGGGAGCUACCUGCGUAAAUUUGCAAUCGCUGUGGCGACCGCCAUCGUAGCAAUAUUUUUACUACUCAGCUCGAGCUCUCAAUUCAUUUAGCGCA